AUGAAUAAAGAGCAACCAGUUGUAAUUGAUAAUCGAUAUCUGCUUGCAUCUGUUCAUUAUUAAGGUCGCCAUUCCAAUUUUUACAAUGCUGUAGAUAUUUAAUAGGAACAAAAAUAAAUCUUAAUAUAAAUUGUAUGACGAUGUGUUUAUCAUUAUUAGAUAACAGAUUAACUAUGUAUCUGCAAACUAUUUAAACGAUUAGAGCAAUGUAAGGUGUUUUUUGAUACACGAUAGCAAUUGAUUACAGAGAUAAAUCUAAUGAUCGUCAUAAUAGAAUGUCAAGAUUCAUACCAAUACCAAGGAUUUAUAGAAUGGGCAGCUUAGUAGUCCAAGAUAUUACCCAUCAUUACAUUGCAUGGCAAAAGAGUGGACCAUCUUUGAAAUUGUGCUUUAAGUUGAUGAAAUAGAAAUUCUCUCAUAAAACUAUUUGUUUGGUUGCAUUAAAAAUGGUAAUUAUAUAAUAACAAUAAGCAUUAAAGAUUACUAAUUUAUAGCAAAUUCAUAGUUUGAACAUUUUACACAGGAGUCUAAAAUUAUCAAGUAUCAUGACCACUAACCACUCAAAUUUACUUAUCACUAACUUCGACUAUUACGUAGAAUUCCUUAACAAAGAUGGCAAAAUAUCAAGCAAAGCCAAAUAAUUUCCCAUAAAAACUAAUAAGUUCAGUAGUAUUGGAUAACAUUUGCAACAACGUAAAAUUCUAUUAUCAAUUUAGAACCCUGCCCCAGAGAUGAUCUAGAAUCACUUGGUUAUCUCUUGUUGUACCUGUUAUCACAGGGGAAACUACCUCUUAAAUGCGAAUCGCAGGAUCAAAACAUCAGAGACAAAUAUUAUAUGGAAUUCAAAAGACAAUUUCUGCCAGAGAAGGAAUUGAAACAAUACCCUGAGGUAUUUUUACAAUACUUUCAAAAUGUGUUCAAAUUGGGGAUCAAAGAAAUCCCUAAUUAUGAAAUUCUUAAAUAGCCCCUUAUUCAAUAUCUAGGAAGGUAAGAGUAAGACUAUAAUUUUGAUUGGUCUGAGGUGUUCAAGCCUCUUGUUGAAUAAACAGCAACAUCAGAAGUAUCUGUUAGAGACAAAGCAUGUUCCUUUGAAACUAUAGCUAUCAAUAAUUUUAAGAAGGAACUUCAAAAGGACAAUUAAUCUGCUCCAACAAGUCCAACUAGUCAAUAAAAUUAGAAUAGGUCUACAAAACCAUCAAGAUUCACUCUGGCACCUAUUUUAGAGAGGAAUGAAUCGCAAUUAACAACCUUCAACAAUUGCGAUUCAAAUGCGGUAUCCCCGAGAUUCCAUCAUCAAAUUGCAAAUCUAAAAUUCGAUAAUUGUCAAUAGGAUUCUUCGUCAGGGGAGAUUAGUCCAAGCGAUGAACCAACUGUGGAUUAACUUCCUACUUUUGAACAGCAUCAACAUGAUAUUAUGUGA